UGGCUCACUACUGUAUAGUAUCACUCCAAGGAUUUGUUCUAGGAAAAGCAUUUUUCACACAAGACACUCACAAUCAUGAGUAAUUUUCUUCCUAUAAUUCAGUAAUUUUUUAUCUGAUAUUCUGAUCCUGUUUUAAUCCCACUUUGGCUGUUGUUGGAUGUGAGUACUGGAGUGGUUGAGAUUGGCUUGCUGUUGUACCUCCGCUGCCAAUUUUUGGAGAAGGGAGGUCUGUAAAUGGGGGAGGAACCUCAGAAGAUGGUUUGACUUGAAAGAGAGGGCGACCUUCUCUGUUGCAAAGAGAGAGAAGUCAUCGGAGUCUGAUGCUGGACAACAACACAAGGUGUUGGAUUUGGGGUUUUUAUAUUUCAUUUUUGGACAAAUCAGAGAAAAACAUUUAUUUUGCAAAAAGGGAUAAAGAAGUAUUUUGUUUUUGGGAAAGAAUCUUAAGUUUUUGCUUCACUUCAGUUUUACAACAUGGCUGGGAUGUAUGGAUGCUUCAAGAGCAGGAAUAGUGACAGCGCUGCCAUGGCAUCAGGACCUCCAGAUGUGAUGGCCAAUCAGGAGGCUGCUGAGGUCGUGGAAGAGUGCUCAGCAAAGAAGAAGUCCAAGUUCCAGACCUUUAAAAAAUUCUUUGCCAGGAAGAAGAGAAAGGAUCCACCAGCUGCAGGAGCAGAGGCGGGGCUUAAAGCCAGCCAGUCCAGCGACAAUGUCAGCAAAACAUCCGAAAAUAACACGCUCACUCGAUCAGAGAAGGAUAAGGGCUCUGGGUCAAAGAUCAGCCUGGGCAGCAAGGCCUUGUCACAUGACUCUGUCUUUGUUUCGGACUCAUCGGAGGCCAACGAGCCUCUGGGGGCAUCACAGGACAGCAUUCAUGGGAAAGUGAAAUCUCUACAGCUCCAGCUGAAGCAGGCCAUCAGACUGGGCUCUCCUCCGUCCCUCAUGUGUGUGAAGAGAGCAGAAGAUGUUGGAACCAUGUCUGAGGAUGACGGCCUGCCCUGUAGUCCACCAGAAUACACAGCACCUCACACGGUCAUGAAUCAGGCUCAGAGGAACAGCUCCAUCAGCCUGGAGGGAAUAGACAGUGAUGAUGACCAGCUGUCCUGCGCUGCCUCCAGCAGAGCGGUGAGCCCCCUGGUGGUUCCAGGGGACUUCAGUCAGCCGGCCAGUCCCUUCGGAUGUCUGGAUAACUCUGCUGCCAAACACAAGCUGGGCCUGAGAUAUAAAGCCCGCAACAAGAGGAAACCUGUCAGUAGGCUGGAGAUGAAAGCUGAGGGAGACUCUGUGGUGGAGGAGACACUGAACGCCUCCAUAACAGAAGCUUUGGAGGAGCGAGAACAUCAGAAGGCAACAGAACCCAUAAGUGGUGAUGAGCUGAAAACAAAAGUGGAGAUGGAAGAAGAAGCAGACGAGGACGCUGAGGAUCAAAGACAACAUUUCAGGCCAUCCCUGUUGAGUGAUAAGGAGGAGAGGGAGGAGGAAGAGGAUGAGUCCGUCACAGAACAGGAUGUGUCUCGCUGCCUGGACACUUCCUCUCCUCCUGAGCCGUCUCUCUCAGAGGAGGAAGCCCCAGAGGUCCAGCCCCUGCCCUCCUUCAAACCCAGCUCGAGAGCCUCCUCUGUGGAAAGUCCCCGAUCCACGCCAGAGCCCCCUGCUGGUCCAAGAGAAUACUUGAUGGACCCGCCAGGAAUUGCCUAUGGAGCCGAGGAGAACAGGGGUGAAAGUGACUUGGCGCUGAGAGGAGAAGAAGAUGGAGUCCAGGAAAACAGGGACGAGGAGAGCUCCUUCUUGCAGGAGGUGCUGAGCUCCUUGAAGACUCCCAUCGCGUCCUGCUCACUGGACGUGGAGAGUGAGGACGUUGUCCUGAAGAUAGAGGAGAAGAUGAAAGAAAAGGAAAGAGAAGAUGUACAGAUAGAAGAAGGAGAGGAGGUGAAGGAGGGGGAGGCAAAGGAGGAUGAGCUUGUCGGUUAUCAGGCUGGCUCCGUUCUGGCAGAUCAGACCACAGAGGAAGAGGAAGAGGCUGCCACUUUAAGCACCAGUAGUCCUUCUUGUCAAGAUGUUGAAGAGGAGAAAGUUGAAGAUAAGGAUGAAGAUGCAGCAGAGGAAGAGGAAGAGGAGCUAGUGGUGGAACAUGUCAGUCAACAUGGUCAAGAAGAGGAAGGAGAUGAAGAGGAGGCAGAGGAAGUCAAACCCGAGGAAAAAAAUGAUAGGCUUAUGGGAAACUCUUUCAAACAGGAAGAGGAAAGAGAAGUCGAAGAAAGUGAGGGAGAGGAGGAGGCGAUAGAGCUGGAGAAGGAGCCAGAGGUGGAGGAGGAGGGACGAGAGAAGAAGGAAGAGGACGAUGUGGAGGUGAAGGAGGCAAAGGAGAGAGUAGAGGAGGCAGAGGAAGCGAUAGAAGAAGACAGGGACGAUGCAGAAGAGAUGACAGAGACGUUUCCUGAUACAACAGAAGUAGAAGUUAAAAGUGCCGUUCCGCUGAGGGGGGCAGAUGAGGGUGUAGAUGUUGUAGUUGGAGAUGACGCUGUGUACACCCCACAACACAGCAGCAAUGAUGAAAUCCCCACAGAAGUGGGUGAUCAGGUAUUUGCCGUAGUGCAUGAGAGUCAAGCAGCUUCUAGUCAAAGCUUUGGAGAGGAGAAAGAAGAUGGAGAAGAGAGAGUGCAGGAAGGCGCAGAGAUCAAGCACACAGAACAAAAUUCAAACCAAGGGGAAGAAAGUGAAGCAAAUCAACCUGAUGCAGAUCAAACUGAGCAGGCUCUGGAUCAAACUGAGCAGGCUCUGAAUCAAACUGAGCAGGCUCUGGAUCAUACUGAGCAGGCUCUGGAUCAAACUGAGCAGGAUCUGGAUCAAACUGAGCAGGCUCUGGAUCAAACUGAGCAGGAUCUGGAUCAAACUGAGAAGAAUCUGGAUCAAACUGAGCAGGAUCUGGAGCAGGGAGGUGUAGAAAUAUCCCAUUUAGGCACGAAGCAAGUUGAAAACGAUCAAACUGAAGCUGCAGAACAAGCCAAUGUUUCUUCCAAGCCUUCUUCUUUGUCUCUUCCAGAGUCACACCAUGAGACUCCAUCACAAGAGAGUGGAGCCAGCACUCCCAGUAAGACCAGCACUACCACACUCCACAUAAAUCUACUCUCUCCAAGCUCAGAGAAGGUCACAUCUUUCUUUAAACAGUCUUCACCUAAUGCAUAUACCAAAGAAAGUGAGACACAUUCUCAGGGUGGAGCAUCCACAGAGCAAAAUACAGCAUCCACAGAAAAAGAACCAGCUGACGCAGUAGAAACAGCAGAAGAAGAGAAACAGUCGGCCCCGGAGGAAGAAGCUACACCUCCUGCCUCUGUGGAGGAAACGGUGAACCAGCCAUCCAGUGGUUCAGAUCAGAGGAAAGCCCGCUUCACCAUCGCCCCCGCCUGGCAGAGAUCACUCUCUGUAGAAGAUGCCAAAGAGAGUUUGACUCCUCCCUCGUCCUCACCCAGCUGCGUCUCCUCUUCAGCGUCCGUCGUCACAGGGCCCGCAGGUGUGGAGGCCGUGGCUGCAAAUAAGAAGGACCCCGAAGUGAAAGCAGAGCCAGCAAGUUCAGCUAAGGUUGAACUAGUGUUGAGUCCUGGUAGAGCGAGGAAUGCAGGGACCACCGCUGCCAAACCACAGAGCAAUGCAACUCCACCCCCCUAUAAAGCUCCGACCUCAACUGCUGCGAGCGCAGAAGUGGAGGGAAACCCCGACAAUCCAUUUGGAGUUCGGCUGAGGAAGACGUCUGUUCUGCACCGCUUCAGCUCGGAGGAGGAAAACACAGAGCCUCCCGUUGAGCCACCAGCUCCGCCAACCAGCUGUAAAGUAGACUCACCACAGCCUGUCAUUAUAAAGCCCUCCAUAAGUCAGCCGGUCAGCAACAAGCCUACCCUCCCUAAGAAACCAGAUGUACAUGGAGAUAAUGGAGGGAAAAACAAGCGUAUCUCAGACCCAGCUGCAGUUCGUGGUGGAUCUGAUUCUCCCAGCUGGAUCUCUGUGGCCAAACAGAAACAGAAGAUCUAUAAAGAAAACUCACUGGAAGAGAUAGCUGUCAAGAAGGAGGAACAAGGGAGGAAGAGUUCACUGCCGAUGUAUGUAAGCUCAGCUGCAAGCCGGGAGCACAGUAACAACACAGCCGAGUCCACCGGGAAAGUGAGUCCGCUGGAGAUCGGUAAGCCUUCAGUGUCUAUAGAAAAGGAGGCCAGGAGGACGCUCUCUCCUCCGACUCCUGUGGCAUCUCAACCUCCUAAAUCCCAGUCACUCCCCUGCCCUGUCCCUCCAAAACCCCAGGUUCCCCCUGCCACCGCGAAACAUCCACCUCAACCUAACCCACCCCAAAGAUCCCUGUCACCUCCAACUCCGGUUCCUGUUACCCAAAAAGCUCCCUCUUGCACGAGCCCGCCAUCUCUCUCCAAAACGGCCACCUCAUCCAAGACACCCCCUCCCCAGACCACAACACUUACCUCCCCUCCUUUUUCAUCGAGAACCGCCCCGGAAAAAUCUGGUUCAAGAGCUCCAGGGCUUUCCACCCAGACCCCGCCCUCGCAGCGAGGCCUUCCUCCACAAGCCUUGCCUCAGGAUGAGCCGCCCUGGAUGGCCCUGGCCAAGAAGAAGGCCAAAGCCUGGAGCGAGAUGCCCCAGAUUGUCCAGUGAUGAGCACAGGUUGAAGUGGGCCGAGAGUCUGGACGGACCAGAAUGCAUUUGCACAUAAGAAGUUGUUGUUUUCUGUUGCUUUCUUACUUCCUGGUUUCUAUCCUGGCUUAAGGCUUCGGAUUGGUACAAACCCUCCACAGCUAAAGACCGGCUCAGUUUAACUAUUUUCUUUACGUCCUUAUUUUGUACAUUCAUGUUUUCUAAAUGACAGGGUAGAAGGUGCCUGAAUGGGAGAAAAUACCUAUAGUCUCAGUAAGUAUUCAUUUUUAUCUAAACCAACACAGAUGAUUCAAUUUGAUAUCACUAAACAUUUCAGGGAAGGGAAGAAAGAGACAUUAUUUUCUAAAGAGGAUACUUUAUUCACAGAAAGUUGGUUGAAAGUGGGGAGUCUCCAAGCCUUCCCGUGUGUGUGUGUGUGUGUGUGUGUGUGUGUGUGUGUGUGUGUGUGUGUGUGUUGGCUGUGAUACAUGCUUGCAUUUUGACGAAUGUGGAAAAUAUUGUGGCCAGAGAAUAAAUGGGAUAACAUCCAAGUUAAGCUGGAGAACAUUUCGCUGGACUAACUGCUGCUGGUCGAGAUUUCUGGUCAAAUUUGCUGAUCCGGUUCCUCAAACUGCUGUCUGUGUAUCAGGUUCGUUAGAUAAAUAUAUUUCUUGUAACAUGAUCCACAGACACUUAACUAAUGAUGUUUGUUGUGUUAGCGACUGCAGAGUGUGUCCAACAUGUUCCAGUUUGUCAAUGUAAAUUAUAUUUUUAAUUUCUCUCUUUUGAUAUUUUGACUACAGAGUUAUCUGCCAUCCUACAGAAACCUACAAAAUAUACAAAACGUUAUCCGUUCUGGAAUCAUGAAAAACUAUCAUCACGUUGACUGUCAUGUGUUUUUUAAUACUUUUCAAUGCAUCACUACGUUGGCAGCAAGAGACAUUUUCCAUUGUAAAUUAAACAGAAAUGAAUAUACCGCUAAUUAGCCACUUGGAGAUUGAUUUGCCACAGGAUGCAAAGCAUCACUAAAGAAAAGCAAGCUUCAUGGCUGAAAGUUUUCUUUGAAUCUUAUCUAUCUCACGUUAACUAUAUGUUUUAUGCAUUUUGUUUUAUUUUGUAUUGCCUUUUGAGAAUUUGACUGUACAUAAAAUGUGAAGUAAACAACUAAAGUAAUCACCUUUUA